GUACGUCUAAGGAUUUCUGCUCCACCAGUCUGCCUCAAAGUGACUGGAGCGCAGCGCCGCGGAGGAACUAUGCGAGGAUUAUUAUAGGACGUUUCCACCAGCAGAAUAUGGAUUUUGAUGAGCGGAUCUCUGGCUCUAAUAUGUAUUUACCGAGUUGCACUUACUACGUCUCCGGAGCAGACUUCUCGGGUCUCCCUCAUUAUUUAACCCAGAGCCAGUCCUCUUGCCCCAUGACAUACCCCUAUCAGUCCUCAGCGCUGCCACAGGUCCCGUCCGUGAGAGAUGUGGCUUUCAGGGACUAUGGGAUUGAUACUUCCAGUAAAUGGCACCACAGCAGGGGGAGCCUGUCACACUGCUACCCCGAUGACAUCGUGCACAGGGACGGCUGGACGAGCCCGACCUCACGGGGGGGAGAGGUCCUGGUGAAAGGCAGCUCCAGCGCCAGCCACUCCUCCAGCUCCUCCAACCCGACGCCCGGCUUCUAUGGCAGCGUUGGCAGGAACGGCGUCCUGCCACAGGCGUUCGACCAGUUCUUCGACACCGCCUACGGGAGCGCAGAGAGCAGCACAACGCCGACAGCACAAGCGUCAGACGCGGACAGACACGCAGCCAAAACAAGCCCCGCUCCGGCUCACCCGGGCUCGGACACGGCGGAGAGCUGCAGCCCCAAGUCGUCCUCCGGCCACAGCGAGGAGAAACAGAGCAAAAGCAGCAGUGGCCAGAGGACGCGCAAGAAGAGAUGUCCAUAUUCAAAGUAUCAGAUCAGGGAACUGGAGAGGGAAUUCUUUUUCAGCGUUUACAUCAACAAGGAGAAGCGCAUGCAGCUCUCACGGAUGCUCAAUCUCACAGACCGCCAGGUCAAAAUCUGGUUUCAGAACAGGAGGAUGAAGGAGAAGAAACUGAACAGAGACCGUUUACAGUACUACACCACAAACCCCCUGCUAUAAACACUGAACAAAGACUGUCACUGACAUGCAGCCACUCACCCCACUCAUCAAGACUACACACGUUACCUGGACGGGAUGACGAGUUUUUUAAUGUGUCAGACUUCAUAAAGAAUUCUAAUAUUUAUACACUAUUUUGUCAUUAAACACCGUUGGCUCUAUUAUCAUUAUUAUUAUUAUUAUUAUUAUUAUUAUUAUUAUUAUUAUUAUUAUUAUUAUAUAGACCUGUUAUUCUGUCUGCCCGACCAAUCAACAAUUUUCCAAAUUUUAAAGUGACGUGGUUGCGUGUAUGGUUCGCUCACGCGGGAAGCCAAAUGUGUCUGAAUUCCUUUUGUAUAAUUUAAUAAUACACACGGAGAUUACUGUAAUGCAAUUUUUAAAUAUAUAUAUAUAUUAAUUUUUCCUUAAAUUCUUAAGAAUAUAUUUUUUUUUGUUCAAAUUUACGCACGCACACGCAACUUUUGUGGACAGAAAUCUUGAAAUCAAACUACUGUUCGUGUUUCAUUCUUUCUCUUAAAUAUUUUAACUUUAUUGUACAAAUACAACUCCGGUGUCUGUAAAUCUG